GUGGCGUGGCGGCUCACGUAUUCCGCGGAAGAACCGGAAGCGGCUGGUGGGCCAACCUGGGCAGUAAGCGGCGGAGCCAUGGGCAAGAAGUCGAAGACCAGCAUUCCGGAAAGAUGGACUGAGUACCUACCUCUUGGAAAAAGAAUGCCUGGAACCCGGUUUAUUGCUUUUAAAGUUCCUCUUCAAAAGAGUUUUGAAUGGAGACUUGCCCCAAAUGAGCGGUUUUCUCCAUUUGACCUUGUUAAUCAAGUAAGAGAGCAGGAGGAAGAACUUGGAUUGAUCAUUGAUUUAACAUACACAACUCGCUAUUAUGAGCCAGAGGAGCUACCAGGUAGCGUGCAGCACUAUAAGAUUUUUACAGUUGGACAUGACGUUCCAAAUGAAGAGACAGUUUUCCAAUUCAUCACUGCUGUGAGGCAGUUCUUGAUGGAGAACCAACAUAAUGACAAUCUGAUUGGUGUUCACUGCACACAUGGCGUGAAUCGAACUGGUUACCUUAUUUGCAGAUACCUAAUUGAUGUUGAAGGAAUGGAUCCAAACAUGGCACUAGAACUGUUCAAUAGCUACAGAGGACAUUUUAUAGACAGGAAGAACUAUAUUGAUGACCUUAGAAGAGGAGCUGCCCGCAGGAAUCGUUACACGGCUGUGUAUAGAUGGAUGAAUAAUGAAUUGUGCGGAUAUGCACCCAGUUCUGGUUUUCAAGCAGCUGACUACAAUCCACGAAAUUUGCAACAGUGUGCAUUGCAAGAACAAAGGCACAUUCUUGCUGGAAGAGGAAGGGUUAGACAAAACCCAUACAGAAGAACUACCCAGAACCAGAACACCUGUUACGACAGUCAGUCUGUUUACAGUCCUUCGCACCCCCCUGCACCUCACGCCACCCAGCAAAGAUGGAAUCGCAGUAGAAGACCCAACAGCCAGCAGUUUGAUUCAUCUUACCAGCCCCAUUUCCAGGAAUGUGAACCUUCUUUUCCAGUGCAAAACCAUCAUGAUCCUCUCCAGCAUGGAAGAUAUAGUGCACACAGACAGUCCAGUCAUAACUUCUAUUGAUGGGAAUGCAGCUGGCAUGGAAGACACUAAUGGAAAAACCACUCUUACCUGAUCUGUUAUUUACUUGUCCAGUGGUAACCUCCUGGCUGUGGCAAAUCGUUGCUCAGAGACCACCAGGGAUUGCCAGUUGUAAAGCCACAGAUUUGAAUGCAGAUUUGAAGGAAAGUGAGAUAUUUUGGAUGCUAUUAAGAACAGCAGCAUGGAAGGCACAAAGAUGCAGUUAAUGGGUCAGAGGCUGUGGGAAGUUUUGCUAACCAAACUUCACUGAAAUAGAUCAGUGAGACUUUUAGAAUGUGCAGUCAGAUAAUAAAGAAUAUAAAUCCAACCAAAUGUCAUAUGUUU